GAUUACGCACGCGACGUGCUCAAGUCCAGAUAUAUUUAAACGGCAAAAGCCGCGGAGGGUUUCUUCGCUGACAGCUCGCCAAGCACACCGGUCGCGUACUCUGCACUUCGACAAGUCUUAAGAGGACAUCCUGAGAUAAUUCAACGUCAAAAGCCGGCGGGAGAUUCACCGCGGACAGCUCGUCAACUACACCGGUCUCGAAGUCUGCACUUGGACAGAUCUCAAGAAGAAAGAAGGAUGGCUGCCGUGCGGAACUGGAUGUGGAUUCUGUGUUCGAUCGCCGUGUUCUUGGCGACUCUCCACGUAGGAAACUUUCAGGAGUCGUCUUCCAGGGCAGUUUCCACUAGCUACGGAACUGUUAGGGGAGACCUGGUGCAAGCGCUCCUUCAAGACUUGGUGACUAGCGUGCAGGUCUACGCGUUCCGAGGAAUUCGGUACGCUCGACCCCCGCUAGGAUGGCGGCGAUUUGAGCUUCCAGAGAGACCAGAGCCAUGGUCGGAUUCAUCCUAUUUCCAAAGCACGAGAAGGCACUGUCUCCAGUGGAGCUCAUAUCCCGAAAACAGGGUCAUCGGGGAGGAGGACUGCCUCUAUCUGGACAUCUACGUGCCUCAGACCGCCUUCGCGACUUCCACGACCAAACUGCCCGUGGUGGUGUUCAUCCCAGGACCGGACUUCAAGAGUGGCGGCAAGGACUUCAUUGCUCCGGGACUUGGCUACGGCAACACCAAUAUAUUUGUGGUACUAAACUACAGACUUGGCGUUCUAGGCUUCUUAAGCACCGAGGACGAGCGUGCGAAAGGAAACCUGGGUCUUUGGGACCAACAAAUGGCCCUCAAGUUUGUCAAGGAAAACAUCGAGCGGUUUCAGGGCGACGCGAGCAGAAUUACCUUGAUGGGAUUCGGGGCUGGAGCCAUGUCCGUCUCGUUCCACAUGCUCAACCCAGUUUCAUCGGGCCUCUUUACAAGAGCCAUCAUGUCAGGCGGAUCAGCGACAAGUCCUGACGCCACAGUCGAAGACGCCUGGAGGCAGUCGCGGGAACUCGGACAGGCGGUGGGUUGCAGCUAUUACGACAGCUACAAGCUGGUCGACUGCCUUCGAGGCAUCGAGGCGGGCAAGCUAGUCGAGAAAGCUCACUACAGCAAGCUUAAAUUCGCCCCCAUCGUGGACGUGAACGUGACGCAGAACGCAUUUCUGCGGGACCACCCGAGACUAUUAUACGCUGGGAACCGCUUUACUCCGAAACCUACAAUAUACGGCUACACGAAGCAUGCAGGAUCCCUGCGUUACUUUGAAAAAGCCCAGGAAAUACCGAAUUCUAAGAGCAUCGACGACAUUGUGCGAACCUACCUGAACGAGUACUUCACGGACGAGGAUUCCCGGGUCGGCAUCGCGGCCGCCGUCAAGUUCCAGUACUACAGGCCACGAUCCAACACCGCCAAUGCCACCCGCAACGCCAUUAACACCAUCAGGAUGCUCAGCGAUUUCUUGGUGGGAGCGCCGGUGGAAGCCGCCCUGUCCGCACACCUGAGGCUCCUGUCAUCUGCAAGUACGUCUUACCUGACCACCAACCAAGCCUACUUCUACAUCUUCGGCAUCCCGAACGGCGCGAGGACCUUCGCCGAUCCGCAGAAGGCACCGCGGGAACAGUACGGUGCCACGUAUAUGGAUGAUAUGUUGUACACGGUCAACACGGAAGGCAUUUUACAAGUCACGAAUCCUGCGCUCGAUCGACCGGUGGUGGCGAUUAUGAAUACGUUCUUCACUACAUUCAUCAACGGGCUGAAUCCAGGUGGAACUCUCUACGCGGCCGUCAAUCCAGCCGCUCCUCAGUACGUCAACAUGACUCUGAUCAGCCCGGCCGGCGUUCUGGACCCGGUGCCGUACCGACAGCAGGAGAUGGCUUUCUGGAACAUCUUCGUGCCAGACCUGCACGUCGAGCUCAACCGCACCAGCUGGACGUCGUACCACCGGGCCGUGGAGGCGACCCACUUCAAGAACGCCACCUGGGGAACCACGACACUAGUCGUCCUCUUGGUGCUCAUAAUAGUAGGCCUCCUGGCGGCCUUCUUCGUCUACCGCAGACAAAAGAAGCAGACGAGGGUGCUCAAUAAACGGGAAGGCAUCGAGUUCAGAGCCGUUUCUCAGGACGUCAAACUUUGAGAGAACAUGGGCAACGGCCUUGUUAUUCGAUACAAAUUGCCCUACGCGAAAACGCACACUCAUGUACUCCGUUUGACUGUUAGUGCAACCCCAGCUGACUCUACAAUCCGAUAGAGUUAAAAUACGCCGCGAUCAUGCUCUUUAUUUUGUGCGUGAUUGGUUUAACUGGAGAGAGAGCGAACCCACAAGAAAAACGAGCGCAGUGACGAUACACUUUUCAUGCUGCUCGAUUGACUCUAUUAGACCUCAGUGUCGGCUGGGGUCGGAACUAAGGGGAAACAAAGUGUCGAAGCCAGUGAUCGAACGCUACAUGCGAUGUACCCAUUACACCAAUCGUUUCCUUUCUCUUCAUUGGUUCAACCAGUGACAAGGCCAAUCGGUAUCAUGCUCCAAUGGGCGUACAGUCUGGCUAACCGCAACAGUGGACGAAUUUUAUUGCAGCUAAGACACGUGCUUGUUAGAACUUGAUGGCUCUUCUUAUUGGGUGAAUGUAUGAAAGAAACGAGAAUACUGAAAGUGUGUCGAUGUAUUCAGUACAUCACGGAAUAUUGUGUGCACAGAAGCAUUUGAGAGUUUAGGUAGAGUUGGGUGAGGUAUUACCGUAACACCCCUUCGCCUCUGGAGAUGUUUUGAAUGUGUCGUUAGUUGACACUAGCCCACCCAACACAUUUUUUGAUUAAAAAAUAAUAUAUUGUGCGAAUAUUAUGAGCCUUAGUCUGUGUCCCCACUCUUCUAACGGAGGCAACAUUAAGACGCCCUAUUAUAAUAUAUUUUUUGCUCUUACAAUAAAGCUGCCUUAUAUAAAUUACAAGUACUGGGCAGCGGUUUUGUAGCUCAAAUUUGUCACGUCAUUACACUGCGCAGCACUAUAAUGAGAUGGCAUUAUGAUAAAGAUGUACAAAUGAUGUCUUUAUGCUAAAUAUGUGAUUCUAACUAAAUGUCUCAAGACGUGAUUGAUUUUCCGGUUCACAGUGGAGUCAGCCACUCGGAUAUCUUAAGAUAUAUUUUAUCCAAGGUGAUAAACCACAUCAACAUGCCCCUCUUCGAGACCUGCAGUGUCAAGAGAUGCCAAAUAGGGUGAAAGCAUCUGGUGCACGAAGGUGCUUAUCAUUACGCCCUACUCCUUGCGAAGUGCAAGAUGUAUAUAUCAAGGCCCUCAGAAUCGCCCCGAGCUGUAAGACCUUCAGCUGGCAAGCACUAAGCUAGCUUUAAGUGUUUUAGCAAGGUUCAUUCGGUGUUCAGCUGCUACCGAGAAAGCCAUACAUGCAAUUGAGCGGAGUGAACCAAGGAUACAUCCUCUUAAUCUUACCAGAUAUUACCUGACACUGAUUAGCAACAAGGUAGAAUGUUUCAAUAUAUCUUUCUGAACAGCUAUUUAUCUCAGAAAUAUAUAUAUCGACUGUGGCUUUAGGAUAAAAAUAAGACAGACACUGUGCACUGAAGCAAUACGUAAUUCGAUCCGCGAUAGUAUGCUUGAAUCUGGGAGAUGUACAAAAUGAGUCUUAUCUAAAGUCAAAGUCAAAUUUGUGAGUUUUAAGUGCCAAAGCAACGACAGGCAUCUGGCACGCCCCAGCGGAGGACUGAGGAUUAAUUUCGACCACCUGGGGAUAUUUUGACGUGCAACCGAAAGCUCGGUUUCACGGCGCCCCCUCCAAAAUAAGCCUCCGUCAGAUUGCGGGCACCUCGGCCGGGAUUCGAACCCACCACAUGGAGAUCCGUAGGCCAGCGCUCUCGCCUCGAAGCCACCGAGGCGGCAGAGUCUUAUCUGUAAGAAUUAACUAUUGUAUAUGUUUGUUUUCAGGUAUGUAACAUAGCAAUCGCAAAUAGUAAAACCAAAUAAUUAUUUUAUUGUUUGUGGCUCCAGUUCUCUGUUAUUAAAACAAUAGCCCUAAUGGAGAAAAGAUUUCUAUUUUAAUAAUGUUGACAAGUGAUAUUUAUCUUUUAUGUCUCAUAUUUAACUGAACGAAAUUUGAUAUGGAAAAUUCAAUGUGAGAUGCGCAAAAUUGUAUUCAUAACGACUGUUCUUUGUUUUUGUCUGGCCAUAAAUAAUUGUUUACUUCUCAUAGGUUCCUUGAUAAGCAUCCUUGUUCAAAGCACUUGAAGUGCUACAAUUUAUGCUCCUUAUUUCACCUUUAUUGUGCUAUAUUUAUACAAAUCAUGAUUGUAAACUACAGCAUCAUAUCAUAGGGACUGAUUUUGUCAGUGAGCUUAUAAUAUAUGUUGUAUAGCAUUUUACUUAAGGCUUAAUCCUUUUCCUAGUAUUUUGGGGGUGAAGACCUGUUCUGCAGUCAUCUGCGGUCCUCUGGAUAGUUUAGAGCGAACAAUCUUUCUUGCUUAACUCAUUGUGUACUGUGAAUAUUUUGAAAAUGAAGUUAUCACAACAUUGCAGAAUUGUAGCAGGUUAUUAACGAAAACAGUAUUAUUUUUCCCAGGCCGUGGGAAGUGUUGGUACUCUUCCAUGCAAAAAACGUAGUUAGUGCACUAAACGUCAUUAUGUGUAUGGCCAGUCACACUUACUACAAUGCUAAAAAUGUUUCAUCUACAUAAAAAUUCGUAUAAGAUGUGCAAUUGUAGUUGUGAUCUAAGUGGUUAGUGUACUGAAAGCCAGCGUGUAUAUGAGCUGUCACACUUACAAGAAUGCUAACAAAAUGUCACCUACAUAAGAAAAUCGUCUAAGAUGUGCAAUUGUUUGAUCGAUUUCAUCGAUCAGCGGUCCAGAUGUUUUGUUUUCUCUUCUGCAAAACUUGUUGCUAUACUAUUUGUGUUAUUUAUUAAUAUUAACUUUUAAGAAUGUUAUUGCCCUUGUUUACUACUGCAUUAUUAGCCUGGACCACGUCUGGAUUAUCGACUUGUUUUUACUGUAAUAAAUGGCCAUGGCCAAAAAACUCUUGUGUGUUCUCGCAUAGAGCCGAACCAUUCCAUUAUCUCCC